CUGUUUUUUUUAGAAAAAUCCGUGUGGGUGUUAUUAUGCAACGUGAGGAUUGGAGUGAAGCCACAUAUAAGAAGAAGAAUGUCGACAGCUAUUGAGGAAUCGCUUAAUAGAAUUGAAUUAUUAUGAAAUACAAACCACGGCCAGGGCCAGGGUCAGAGCCAGAGCCAGAGCCAGACAAGGACAACGACGGCAGUGACAACAACAACAACAACGGCGGCUCGGAGACGUACCUUGAUCUCCAUGGCCAAAUGCCGUGCCAGGUCCAUAUUGAACGAUGAAACAGCGCCUGAAUCGUCAGCUCAGAAGCCCUCAACACCCACUGGAACAACACCAACACACACAACAAACCCUGGGCCCCAACAAUUACAACAACAACCACAACAACCUCAAACAUCAUUGCUGAAAAUUGAACCGUUCGUUCCUAGUUUUAAUCAAAGACUACGCCGACGACCUAUUGGUCGCUCUCAUAGCACUUUAAGCCACAAUGUUAUGCCCAAACGUCCAGCGGUUACGCCACAAGCCGAUCUCUUGGUGGGCCAUCCCAGCCAGCAGCAACUCAAGCGCAGCUAUGCUCAUUUACGGCAACAACAACAACGUUUGCCGCCCACCACGGGCAACGGCAACGGCACUGGUCCUGCCACUGCCACUGCCACAACGGCACGCGGCGGCGGCAUCGUACGCCAACGAUCCAAGUCCACAUCAUCAUCGGCCGCCUCGAACUCUUGUCGCCCAGCGACGGCUGCAGUCUGCACUCCAAACACUCUGGUGGGCAGCACUGGUGGCACAUUGGUUAGUGGUGCUAUUGUCACACCGCAGCCGAAUGGCAUUUGUCGCAUCCAGAGAUUGGCCAAGGAGCGCGAAGAGUUGCCAGAUCGCAUCAAUUACGAUCGUCGUGGCUUAACAGCCAUCCCCAUUUUUGAGCUGGAGCCGAAUCUUCGUCUUCUGUCACUGCAGCACAAUCUGAUUAAUACAUUUCACAUACCCAAGGAGCUGCCGCCGCCACCACCGCCACCGUCCAUUAUUCAGCAGAAUACCACUCCGCGAGAGAGCAACAACAACAACAACAUCAACAACAAUAACAACAGCAAGACAAAUGAUUUCUGCUAUAAUAAAACCUGCGGAUUGGAUCCUCCGGAUUUGGGACGUCGUCCAGCCUUGCGUGGACAUCCACGACUGACGCGAGCAAUGACUAAUGCCGGCAAUGUUCAUGGCCACAAUCUUUCUCCGAAAUCCGGAGGAAGUCCGGUAUCUGGCAGUCCCCUGACCACACAAGCUCUUGCCAUUAAUGGCGGCGGAGGAGCUGCUGGGCGCUCCAAGCUAGCCAAACGUGGUUACAACUAUGCGCAGGCCCAAUUGACGCCACCGCCGGCCUUGCGUUUGCGGUAUGGCUUGGAGAAAUCCAAGAGUUUUGUGUCCAGCAGUCUCCAAGCCAUGAAGCAGCAGCAUCACCAGCAAAUAAUGCAGCGGAGGGCAAUGCUCAAAUCGACUGGAGAGGGCAACCAACAGAGCUGUGACGAAGUCAGUGCCAUGAAUAACAGCAACUUAUCCUUGUGUGGCGGCGUCGGCGAAGAGGAAGACCCCAUUUUGAGCGCCACCACCGUCUCGCAUUUGGAUCAGUUGAGCAUUAAGAAUAAGCAGCUCAGUUUGAGUGCCUGCUAUGGAGGCAUUUUUCAGCAUUUGGUAUUCCUGGACCUGUACGAUAAUCAAAUCGAAAGGAUAGCCAAUUUGGAUGGAUUGCCUGCUCUAACAGUCCUUCUGCUGGGCAAGAAUCGGAUUACCGAUAUAGGUGGACUGUCCUCGCUGAAGGAUUCGCUGAGAGUAUUAGAUUUGCAUGGCAACAAACUGACCAGUUUGGGUAAUCGAAUCAAUUGCCUGCAGCAGCUAAAAUCUCUGAAUCUGGCCGGGAAUCAGAUACGGCAGAUCAAUCAGCAGGAUUUCAAUGGUUUGAGAUGCCUUAGGGAAUUGAAUCUGAAAAGGAACAAAUUGCGACGAAUUAAUGGAUUCCAGCAUUUGGUCACCCUGGAACGGUUGUGGCUAUGCCACAAUGAACUGCACAAGGUGGAUGACAUGGCCAGUAUAGCCAGAGCGUCCCGCCUUCUAGAAGUGACCAUUGAGAACAAUCCGGUUUCAUUGGCCGGGGACUGUGUUUCCUUUUUAGUUUCCCAUUUGCCCUUGCUGCAAUCUCUCAGCCAAAUGCCGAUUACCGAGCAAGUGCGACGGGCUGCCCUAGCCUGGCGCCAACACAAGGAACAGGCCAAGGCUACUCAAGGCAGUUCGGAGGCAUAUCAAAGUAUACGCCGUGAGGAGGUCAUCUCGAAUGCGCGCACUAACUGGGAGUUGCUUAGAUCCCAACAGACCUUGGGACGACCAAAGAGCCGUUUGACCAAGAUCAAUGAGUCCAAUGAGGGGAAUCUAGAAGAACUAAAAGAGGAGGAGGAACUUAAGUUGCCCCUGAUUAAAGACCAAAAUCUGCAAGAGGAUAGGGAACAGGAACCAGGUGGAGGAGGAGGAGGAGGGCCUUCGUCGGAGGCUUCUAGCCUGGGACCCAAUGUCGAUUCCUGUUCCAGUUGCUACAGUUCGGACAACGAGGAAAAACCUCAGCAAAUGGAUGAAAACUGUAAUAAAGUGGAUACGCCGACAUCUCCCAUUCCACCUGCGAUUCCAUUGGAGAAGCUAUCGCCUGCACCCUCGCCUCCUGCCUUAACUCUGACACCACCAGCAGCCACAACAACAAUUGGGGAUGUCAUUGAUUCCCCAAAGACGACAUCACCAGGAAACUCGACCACUUCUACAUUGCCAGUGCCAGGAGUGUCUCCGAAUCCCAUCCCUAGCCGCCCAGCCAGCAGCAAGCAUCGUUCUAGGCCUGCACCCAUAACGCAAUUGGGCCUGGGCCAAAUAAGUAGAGGAGGUGGAACUGGCGGCUCCUCCAAAAGAUAUAUGGCAGGCAGUUUAAUUCGGGCACAAACCGUUAGCAGCAGCACCAGCAGCAGUUCUAGUCGGGGCAGCGGGAAAGCGGCAUCUAAUAUAGUGGCCCUAAUUACACCAUCGGGUGGUGGAACAGGUGGACCGGCGGCAGUAGCUGCCAUCAAGACCAAUCCGCCCUCAUCUGCUUCUGCCGCGGCGCCCUCUACUGCCAUUACUGUGGCCAAGCCCUCUGCAGCCGAGCGUGAACGUGAGCAAGGAGGUGACUAUCUGAUCGAGAUUUGCGGUCGCUAUCUCAACAUCUAUGGCCAAGGAGCAUUGCGUUUCAUAGACAAGCAAUGGAACCCUUCAAAAGCCAAUGAUGUGCAUACCCUUAACUUUAGUUACAUCAAUUUUAAUAAUAUUGUGCAGAUCCUAAGCAGGAUUAAGGUGCGUUUUCCCCACGCCGAGCAUUUUGUGUUCCGUGAGACAAACAUCUGCUGCUUGGGCCAAUUGAAUGGCCUGGCCGAAUUGCAGGGUCUGAGCAGCCUCAUAAUAGACGCCGAAGGCAAUGUCAUUACCCAAAAGGAAUCCUGGCGAGCCUAUGCCAUAUACCGUCUCUCCCACUGGGGCCUCAAGCAGUUGAAUGGCCAGGAAGUGAGCGAAGCAGAAGUUGAGUCCGCCAAUACUCUGUACGCUGGCCUCUCGGAUUUGGUUCUUUGGUCCAUGCCAGAGGUAAUGUUGCAUCCCUUACUGGCACGCCUGCGUCUCGACGAAUCCUGUACGGCCAGCAAGUUGUCCCCCAAAGAGUGGCUACUACGGGCGGACAAUAAAUCGUUGCGCCUGGUCGUUGGUAAAGAGGCUUUGCAAUGGAAAAAAGGAAACGUUGCAACAAUUUCAACUGCAACAGCAACAGAAGUCAACGUCGGCGUGUCCUCCUCUCCUCUGGCUCCUAGUACCAGAGACCGCGGUAGACAACACUUUGCUCUACUUCUGGAGAAUACCUGCAAUGCUGUAGAGAAACUGCAUAAAUUGGAAACACUUUGGCCUAGUAUGCUCUUGGAUAUUGUACGCAAUACCCUUCUGGACUAUGCCCAACUUGAUGUCUACCUGAGGAAUCUAAUGUGUGAGCUUAUGAAGUAACCGCGAGCAACCGAACGAGCCAGAGAGAGAGAGAGGGUCAGAGAUUAAAAAAGGGAGGCGAUAGAGUCAUCUAUAGAUGGUUAGAGUUUUCUUUUAGUUUAAUAAAUUUAUGGCUUUUAGUUAGAUGGGCACAAAACAAUGAAUUCAUUAUAUACCAGCAAUAUUCCUAUCGAUCGAUCUUAGGCAUUUACCAAAUCUUGUAAAGCAACCAAUAAGCAUGACAACAACAAAAACUAGUCCAAUUUUGAUAUAUAUUUAACAUUAAACUUAAACAACGAAUAAAGAUUAAAAGAGAA